AUGUUCGACGGAUUUCUAGAUGAUUUAAAACGGAUGAACAAACGCCAAGUAAGAAAUAUGGAUUAUAAUAAUACAUAUUGUGUAUAUUACUUGUCCAAUAUGGCAAGGUACCUAUUAACAUUUUUCAACAUUUAGAUAGUAUUUAUUAUUAUUAAUUUUUUAAUAAAUUUAUGGUUUUAGUUUCUCUAUCAAGUGUUGAGUUUCGGUAUGAUUGUUUCAUCGGCAUUAAUGAUAUGGAAAGGUUUGAUGGUAUUCACCGGCAGUGAAAGUCCAAUUGUUGUUGUAUUAAGGUAAAUAUUUUUGUAUUGUGUCAAAUUAUUUAAAUUUCUUAUAUACUAACUACCCAUUUAAAUACCUAUCUAUCUAGUAUACCUACUAUAUAGUUUAUAUAAUAUACCCCCUGAAUUGAAUAUCUUGGCGAUAAUAAAGAUAAUCAAAUUUUUUUUUAUAAAAUCAUUAAAAAAAUAACUUUAUUUUAUUAUUUUUGGAAAAUUUUAAGAUAACCAUUCUGUAGAGUUUAUUUUUCUGAAAAUUUUAAUGUAUCACACAUUUAUAUCCGAUGAAUAGUUUCUAAGUAACAGCCGUUUUAAAUUCUAAUCCAUAUAAAAACAUAUAUUAUCGCGAUUAGAUUAACAGAAUUUGAUUAUCUUUAUUAUCUCCGGAGAUAUUCAAGGAGUACAUCUUUGUGGGACAAUCUGUAUAUUGGGUUUAAUUUCUUUGUUCAACUAAUCAAAAAGUAAAACAUUCACAUUUUGCUUUAAUAGCAUUAUAAUUUCUAUAAUUGUAAUAAUUAGAAAUUUGGAAUUACCUCAAGAAUUUUUUUCGAAUUUCUUAGUCGUUUAUUUUAAUUUAAUUUUUUUUACGUAAAGAAAACCAAUUAAAAUAUAAAAUAAAAAAUUAUGCUUGAGAGAUUUUUGAAAUUUAUUCUGUUGGUCAAACUUAACAUAACCUAAUUUUUUUUACUAAUAAUUUAUAAAAAUAGGUAGAUUUUAUUAUUUCCAUCAUUCAUAUUUAAGUACAAACAAUAUACUAUAUUACUCAGGGAUCAAUAAUUAUCGGAUAAUUGGUUAAAAAUAAAACAAAUAAAUUAUCAAAAUGAUCGAUAAUUAAUUUUUAAUUAAUUUAAAGCAAAAAAAAAAAUGUAUAAUGUGUUAAAGGUAAUGUUAACUAUGUAUAGAAUCAAAAAGCUUUGUUUAUUGUUAAAAAAAAUUAACAUAUAAAUAAAUAAUAUAGUUUUAAUUGAAUUUUGUUAAUUUUAAAUUUUUGUUAUAAAUUAAUAAUUUAUUAUAUUUUUAGAAAUAAUGUUAUCAGAUUUGUUUUAAAUAUUAUCUUUGAUACUAAGUAUUGGAUAAUUAUUAGUGAACCCUAAUAUUAAUUGUUUAACAAAUAGGAAAAAUUAUUUAUAAUAUUAAGUUGAAAGUUGUGAAGUUUAAAACACUGAUAAUUUAAAAUAUUACAAUAUUUUACAGUGGUAGUAUGGAACCAGCAUUUCAUCGUGGAGAUUUAUUGUUCCUAACAAAUUAUGAAGAAGAACCAGUAAGAGUUGGUGAAAUAGUUGUGUUCAAAAUCGAAGGGCGUGAUAUUCCUAUUGUCCACAGGGUUUUAAAAAUACAUGAAAAGUUUGUUUCAUUUAAAAUUUUAAAAGUGCUAUUACUAAUUUAUUUAAUAUUUUAGAAAUAAUGGCACAAUUAAAUUUUUAACGAAAGGUGAUAACAAUAGUGUAGAUGACAGAGGUUUGUAUGCUCCUGGUCAGCAAUGGCUUGAAAAGACAGACAUGGUAGGCCGAGCAAGAGGAUUUUUACCAUAUGUUGGAAUGGUUACAAUUUUAAUGAAUGAAUAUCCAAAAGUCAAAGUAUGUACCUAUUAGAUAUUAUUUCAUUAAAAUUAUAGGAGCCUUAUUAAAUCUUGUGUAUUAAAGCUCAUAUCUUUCUAUUGCUACUGGAAGUUAGUUAUAUGUCCUAUAUAAAGUUAAUAUUAAUUAAAAAGUGUGUGGGGAUUUGGGGGUAAGUAAUUUAUCCAUGUUAUAAAAAAUAUAUGGUUAAGUUAUAUAAAAUAAUGGAAAAACAAUUAUAACAUACCUAAACUAUUCAUUAUAAUGUAUGCAAUUUAAUUUAAUUUAUCUUUUUCAGUUUGCUGUACUUGCAUGUCUUGGACUAUACGUACUUGUACAUCGAGAAUAA